AAGCCUGUCCGGCGAGCGAGCCAUGGACGCCCCCGGCGGCCGCGCGUACGGGGAGGAGGAGGAGCUGGACCCGGCGGUGGAGUGGCGGCAGGCCGGCGACGAGCAGGACGUGGUGGAGCUCCGGCUCCCGGGGUUCCGCAAGGAGCACGUGCGCGUGCAGGUCGACAACUACGGCGUGCUCCGCGUCACCGGCGGCCGCCCGGCCCGGGGCGGCCGCUGGAUCCGCUUCACCAAGGACCUCCGCCUCCCCGACAACUGCGACGCCGACGGCGUCCGCGCCAGGUUCGAUGACGAGAAGCUGCUCAUCAGCCUCCCCAUCGUCCCCCCCGGCGCCGACGACGGUGACGGUGAAGCUGACUCGCCCCCAACGCCCACGCCGUCGCCGCCCGUGCCAUUGCCGAGGACGGCGUUGCAGCCGCCGCCGCCUUCGCUGCCUCCUCCUCCUCCUCCACGCUUGCCUCCGCCUCCCGGGAAGCCCAGCUUCUUCGAGCCAAAGAUCCGGCCGCCGGUGCCGCCACCACGGGCGCCAUCGUCGCGUUCACGUCCUCCGUUUCCGGCUGAGCCCCCCGCUGUUUUCGAGACAAAGCCACCGCCGCUGGAGAAGCCCGCCGCUUUCGAGCCAAAGCUCCGACCCCCGCCGCCGCCGGUAUCACGUCCACUUCCUCCGUUCCCAUCUAAGCCCCCCAGCUUUUUCGAGACAAUGGCGCCUCCAUCACCGCCGACAAAGCUCCGACCUCCGCCGCCCCCACCACCGCCGCCAGUAACACGUCCACUCCCUCCGUUCACGUCUAGGCCGCCCAGCUUUUUCGAGCCAAAUGUACCGCCGCCGCCUCCACCAGCACGGGCACCAUUGACGUCGCGUCCACCUCCACCUCCGCCACCGCCGCCACCACGUGAACCUGCACGGUUGCCGUCGUUUCCACCACCGCCGCCACCACCUCCUCCUCCACUCGUGAAGCCCACCUUUUUCCAGCCAAAGCUCUGGCUGCCGUGGCGGCAUUCAGAUCACGCUCCAGACACCCCUCCCGAGCCCACAUUAACAAAGCCUGCCGCCACCGCCGAACGGAAGCCCUGGGCACCUCCGGCAAUCAUUCCUGGCCCAUGGACGGCCGAGCCGGAGCACGGGCCACCGCCAUUGCCACCUCCAAAACAGAGCACAGCCACUCUGCCUCAGCCCAAGUCACCCGCGCUGUCAGAUAUAACAAUCGGCGUCUCAUCUCCGUCGCCGCCUCCACCUCCACCUCCUUCAAAACCACCACCACCACCACGGCCGCCGGCGCCCAGUCAGGGGAAGACGAAGAAGAAGCAUGGCAAGGUACAAGUUGAAGCCGGCAAGGUCAGGUUGCCGUUGCUGGAGGAGAUGAAGAAGCAAGAGGAGAAGAAGAUGGAGGGCAAGAAAGCGAUGGAGGCGGCCAACAGCGGAAGACCGCCAGCGGCGGACGAGAAGAUGGAAUCGCCACUCGCGAACGAGGAUCCAGGGACGCCGCCGACGAAGGAGCUGGUGACCAACAUGGCGGCCGCGGUGGCGGUGCUCGUGGGGAUUGCAUUGUCAGUUUGGCGCACCAUGAGCAGCAGCUAGCAACUUACGAUGGCUGAUGUGUGCAUCGUUAAUAAUUAU